GCAGCCUGAACAUUGACAAACUGUCACACAAACUUUCUGGUGUUUAUCACUUCCGGUUUCACACAAGCCAACACAGGAGCUGGAUAACAGGCACAUCAGGGGUCACUCUCUCUGUCACAGGCCUGCAGGUGAAGGAGGAUGUUGUUUCAGGGAAACAAAAUCAGAUUAAAUUGACCUGCAGCACCUCCUGCAGCGUGGGCUCCCAUUAUGUCUGGAACAAGAACGGACAGCUCCUACAAGACAAAACCACAUCCUCCAUACUACUGGACUCAUUAGACCUUCUGAAGUUGGCAGUUACUCCUGUGCUGUAGGUUAUGAGGCUCAGCGCUCCCCUGCAGUGUGUGUCCCCCAAAAACAAUGUUGGGUGUGACCUACACAUCAACUGGCAUAUGUGUGUUAUUUAAUUCAUCAGUGGACAUUCCCUGCACUUACAAAUAUCCCCAAGAUCAUAAAAUCAAGACAGCAUUCUGGUUCAACAAACUAAAAUCCCACUUACAACCUGAAGACGUAUGCCUGGACAAAGAGUACAAGAAUCAUGUGCAGUAUCUUGGGAAUAAAGAGAAUAAUACUCUGAGACUGAAAGACAUCAGAGAGAGUCACUCUGGAGAAUAUGCCUUAAUGUUUACAACAGAACAAGGAGAGAGCUAUUCAGAAUUACCUGGAGUCAUUAUUACUGUUACAACUCUGCAGGUUCUGAUCACUCCUACUUCAGUGAAAGAGAGAGACAGAGUGACCCUUACCUGUAUUACUACCUGUAGACUGAGUAGUGACCCCACCUUCAUCUGGUACAAGAAUGGGCAGCUUGUGACCUCUAAACACACAACCAGAGACAACAAGCUGCAUCUAAACCCAGUCAGCAGUGAGGAUGCAGGCAGUUACUCCUGUGCUGUUAGAGGACAUGAGGGUCUCCCUUCAAACGUGUUUCUCAACGUCAAAUAUCUGCAGGUGUUGAUAACUCCAGAAGCAGUGAAAGAGGGAGACAGUGUGUCACUCACCUGUGAUACUACCUGCAUUCUGACCAACCCCGCCUUCAUCUGGUACAAGAAUGGGCAGCCUGUGACCUAUCAACACACAACCAGAGACAACAAGCUGCAUCUAAACCCAGUCAGCAGUGAAGAUGCAGGCAGUUACUCCUGUGCUGUAAAAGGAGAUGAGAGUCUCUCUUCAACCGCUGUCUUUCUUAACAUUAAAUACUCACCAAGGAAUGUCUCAGUGUCUAUCAGUCCCAGUGGAAUAGAGGCAGGCAGUCCAGUGACUCUGACCUGCAGCAGUGAUGCCAACCCACCAGUGCACACCUACACCUGGUACAUGAAGAGUGGAGCUGAAUCUCUUGUUAAGGGCACAGGGGAGAGUAUCAGCUUCAAUGUGACCUCUAAUACCAGUGGACUUUACUACUGUGAAGCACAGAAUGAACUUGGCUCAACAAACUCUGAUGCAGUCACAGUUGUGACGGAAGUCGCUCUGCAGGUAACUGUGACCCUCGAAACUGUAACAGAGGGAGGAGACGUGACCCUGACCUGCAGCACUUGCACUCAGAGUUACAAUCCCACCGUCAUCUGGUACAAGAACAGGCGGCCUGUGGCCUCUAAACACACAGCCAGAGACAACAAGCUGCAUCUAGACCCAGUCAGCAGUGAGGAUGCAGGCAAUUACUCCUGUGCUGUAAAAGGAGAUGAGAGUCUCUCUUCAACCGCUGUCUUUCUCAAUGUCAGAUAUGUGCCAAAGAAUGUUGCAGUGUCCAUCAAAGCCUCUGGCGAAAUACAGGAAGGAACUUCAGUGACUCUGACCUGCAGCAGUGAUGCCAACCCACCAGUGCACAACUAUACCUGGUAUAUGAAGAGUGGAAAUGAAUCUGUUGUUAGGGGCACAGGGGAGAGUGUCAGCUUUGAUACCAGUGGAAUCUACUACUGUGUGGCUCAGAAUGAAAUGGGCUCAACAUACUCUGAUGCAGUUACAGUUGUGACAGAAGACACAAAAGCUGCUGCCAUGAUGGUUCGAGCUGGAAUACUUUUUGUCAUUCUUACAAUCACACUGGUGCUCGCAAGUCGGUUGAGGAAAGAGAAGAAAACAAAACCAUCAUCAAGUCCACGUACUUUAGAGGCUGACGCCAGUGAUGUCUGUACCAACGUCACAUACAUGACCAUGACUUCUGACCCAGGGCAGGGGUGGGUCUCACCGGAUGAAGAUGAUGUCAAUUACACCAUCAUUCAGUUUCAAUCAUGCACUGGAAAGCCAGAGUCACAAUGAUGGUAAAAGGGUUCACCUGCUCACAACAACCAAGUAAAUCAAAUACUGCCACCUGGUGAGUUUUUAGUUACUACAAGAUACUUGCCUGAUUUUCUCCCUCUAGCAUCACAACAUUCAUCUUUUCUUUUGCAUAUUACCUCACACAUCCUUUCAUAUAACCUACACAUGUGUUCUUUAACCAAACAAUGUAACAGCAGGAGUGGUGACUACACACAGUCUCUAGGAGUGUAAGUGUAUGUAGAGAUGCUUUUGUUAGUGCUGUAUUGUUAAGCAUGCAAAUUCUAAUGUGAUUCUAUUUGUUAAUGAAGCACAAUAUGUUCUAUUAAUAUGCCUCUUCUAUUAAUAUGUCUUCAUGACACAUAAUUCAUGAAGAAUGCAUGUACAGUAUGCCUAAACUACACAUGUCCUUAAGUGACAACUGUCAUUUGAAGCACAAUGGGUAUAGCGCCAUCAUGCUGUUGUUGUUGUUGUUUUAUUGCCAAUUUACCAUUAUCAAUAUCCAGCAUAUCCUUUUCCUCAUUCUAAAUAUACUGAUUAUCUCCCA